AUGGAAGCUCGAAAGCCGACAUCACAGCCUCAAAAACAGAGGAGAAGGCGAAGAGGAGAGCCUGCGUCUCCCGUGGGCAAAGUACCCCACAAAGCAUCAGUGCACCCUCAUUCUAACCCACCAAGAGGAAAGGCAGCGAAGCACGUUCCACGACGGCAGAGCCAUGGCACCCGCACACAGAGGCGGACCACCCGAGGCCACUACAGUCUCCCGGCGAGGAGGGACUUGAUAUAUCACAUAGCCCGGUUCCAUGGAUCCCAGCCACAGGCCCCCUCUAAGGCCUGGA